AUGGUAACAGGUCAAGCGAGAAAAACAACACAGAGAGUAAACCGGAGGGUUUCAGUUUUAAUGUUACUGAUUUAAAAAGAUGUCAGAGUUACAUCAGGCAGCAGCUUCUGGAGAUUAUGAUCUAGUGGAAGAAAUUGUGAAAAAAAAAUCGUGUGACCCUAAUCAGAGAGACUUCGACUGGAACAAUAAGACGCCGUUGCACUGGGCAGCAUCCAAAGGCCAAACAGAGAUGGUUCGGAUAUUAAUUGAAAAUGGAGCAAGGGCUUGUUUGAGGACGGAUAAUGGAUGGACACCUGCACAUUUUGCAGCGGAGUCCGGAAAACUUACAGUACUUCGACUCCUUCAUUCCCUACAUGCACCUGUAGACAAGAAGGAUUCCUCCGGCGAUAAACCUGUCAGGAUCGCUGAAAUCUAUGGACAUGAAGAUUGUGUUCAUUUUCUUAAAAAGGCAGAGGUUGAGAGCGGAAACUACCGGCAAAUGGCAAAGUUAAAUGGGCUGCCCUUAGACGAUACUGAUGAGGAAUGGGAACAGGAGAGAAAAGAAGCCAAAAAACAAGUCAUUAAAAAGUAGGUUUUAUCAGGCCAUGAGAGCAAAAUACAAACUAAUGGAUGCUUAUAGGCAACAUCUGCAGUUUUUUGUUGCACAUAAAUGAAAUGAAAAAUAUAGUAAAGAUGGUAAAAUAUAAAAGAAAGCUUGGUGGACAGUAAAAUUACAAACCAAAAUAAAUAUUCUUGUAUGACUGUCACCAGUUAGGGGUAAUACCAAGUAGGCUAUAUAUAGACAUACAAGCAUAAAUAUACUGUAUUUACAUGAAUAUACAUAAAACUGAAUAAACCAUUUUCAAAAAUAAAAAUUAACUCCUUCACUAAAUUACAUGCCAAAACUCAUAUUCAUCUACGACUUUCACAAGUUUUAAGAAAUACCAAAUAGGCUAUAGACAUAUGAGCAUAAUUAUACACAAAACUGAAUAAACCAUUUUCAGAUAGAAAAAUUAACACAUUCACUAAAUUAUAUGCCAAAAUUCAUAUUCAUCUAUAACUUGCACCAGUUUUGAGUAACACCGAGUAGGCUAUAGACAUACAAGCAUAAUUAUACUUAUAUACACAAAACUGAAUAAACCAUUUUAAGAAAGAAAAAGAACAAUGAACUCAGUCACCCCGGCAGAAAUCUAAAAACAAAAAUAUCUAAAUGUUACCCUGGACCACAAAACCAGUCUUAAGUGUAAAUUUAAG